GUGUGUGUGUGUGUGUGUGUGUGUGUGUGUGUGUGUGUGGUAUAUCUGAUAGUCCGUCCAACCUCUGUUACAACAGAAUUCGGUUCCUCAUCGGGCAGUAUAGGCUAAUUAUUCCUUACACACUCUACGAUGUACCCACCUAUCUACCCACCCAUUCUCUGCGUCGCCGCCCUCGCGAUCUGCAGGGAGGGGAGAUCCAGUCUAAAUCCGUCGCACCGCCCGGCGCAGGAGAGAGAGAGGCCACGCGAGAAGCGAGAUCCGGAGCCUUUGCCCCUACGUACGCUCUUGUCCUACGCGCCAUUGUCUCCGAUUCUGGGCCUUGGUGGCUGUUCUGGCGUACGCAGGGAGGGAAAGGGAGGGACCCCUAUCGAUCCGGCAGGGAAGCUAAGUGGCACAAGGCGAAGGAAGAACACGAUGGAAGGAAAUGGUAGGUGCGUGAGGAGAGAGGGAAAAACGCCGACGCUCGCCGACGUGCGCACCGUCGUACCUUGCGUGUGUGACUUCGCGGGACCGAGGACGAGGUCAGGCCGGCGGAGCUGGCAAGCCAAUGAGAGCCAGUGGUGGCCGGGUAGAAUGGACAGCGGGAAAGCAACUCGAAGCUUUCGCCGACAUGUCGAGUUGGAGAGCGAACGCCAUAGGAAACCCCGAGACAAAGGUCAAAUUUCUCAGCCUUGUUUUUUCGUUCAUCUUUUCUUUUUUUUCUCUCUGUUUCGGCUCUGGGCUAUGCAGGUAUAGGUACCCUUCUUGCCUAGGUACAACGCCUGCUCAUUUAGACAGCGGCCGCCACGGUCGUGCUAUUACCUACCUACCUACCUACCUACCUACCUACCU